GGGGUGGAUCAACAUUUUGGAAUGAGGUAGAUAACCAGUAUUAGCCAGAACACAUCUUAUUUCAAUUAAUACUUGGGGAGGAAAGGAAAAAACGCUAUUUAGUAGUAGGAGAGCUCACACGAGGUCUGGCAGUAGGACCAUGUACCUUCUCUCUCUUUGUUGUCUAGUCAUCUUUUUCCACACUUGCUGUGGACAGUUUCCAAGAGCAUGUUCCUCAGCUGAUGUCCUUUUAAGUAAGGAGUGUUGUCCAGUAUGGUCUGGAGAUAAUUCUACAUGUGGAGAACUCUCUGGGAGAGGGAUAUGCCAAGAUGUGACAGUGACCAAUUCUUUGUCGAGUCCUCAAUUCCCCUUCAGUGGAGAAGAUGACCGAGAAAACUGGCCCAUUGUCUUCUACAACAGGACUUGCCAGUGCCAAGGCAACUUCAUGGGAUACAGCUGUGGAGAGUGCAAGUUUGGCUUCACAGGUCCAAACUGCACAGUGAGGAAGACCAUGAUCAGGAAGGAGAUCUUCAGAAUGUCCACCGCUGAGAGGAACAAGUUUGUUGCCUACCUCAAUCUAGCCAAGCACACCACCAGUGUUGACUAUGUUAUUUCCACUGGUACCUACGCUCAGAUGAACAAUGGGUCCAAUCCCAUGUUUGCAGAUGUCUCGGUGUAUGAUCUCUUUGUUUGGAUGCACUAUUAUGCUUCCAGGGAUGCCUUUGUGGGCAAUGAGCCGAACAGCACUGUGUGGACUGACAUUGACUUUGCCCAUGAUGCCCCAGGAUUUGUACCCUGGCAUAGAUUCUUCUUGCUCUUUUGGGAACGGGAGAUCCAGAAGACUGCUGGUGAUGAGAAUUUCACCAUCCCUUACUGGGAUUGGAGAGAUGCACAGCAGUGCGAUGUCUGUACUGAUGACCUUAUGGGUGGGGUCCACCCUACAAACCCUGGCCUUCUGAGUCCUGCUUCCUUCUUCUCCUCUUGGCAGAUUAUGUGCAGUCAAACCAGUGAAUACAACAGUCGUAGAGCCUUGUGCAAUGGCACUGGUGAAGGUCCCAUAAUUCGAAAUCCUGGGAAUCAUGACCGAAACAAGACCCCAUCAUUACCUACCUCUGCUGAGGUUGAGGCUUGUUUAGCACUAACAAACUAUGAAACUGAUCCCAUGAAUAAAUUUUCUAACUUCAGCUUUAGGAACACUUUGGAAGGAUAUGCAAAUCCCCUUACUGCAAUUGUUAAUAGAUCACAAAGUACCAUGCAUAACUCAUUGCAUGUCUUCCUGAACGGUUCGAUGUCUCAGGUCCAGGGUUCUGCCAAUGACCCCAUAUUUGUUCUUCAUCAUGCAUUCGUUGACAGCAUUUUUGAACAAUGGGUUCGAAAACCUCAAGCAUCACUAACUGUUUACCCAGAGUCCAAUGCCCCAAUCGGGCACAACCGCGAUUUCUAUAUGGUGCCUUUUAUUCCAUUAUACACAAAUGGAGAAUUCUUUGCCCCCUCAAGAGACUUGGGUUAUGAUUAUGACUAUCUUGCAGAAACAGGUUCGGUUGAAGACUUCCUUGCACCUUACCUGGAACAAGCUCGUCAAAUUUGGCAGUGGCUGGUGGGAGCUGCUGUGGUGGGAGGUGUAAUCACUGCUAUUCUUGCCACAUUAAUUGGCUUGGCAUGCCGGCGUAAAAGAAAAGUCAUGUCAGAAGAAACUACACCACUACUCAUGGAAGUCGAAGAUUAUAAAGGCCAUUACCAAUCUAAUUUAUAAUGCAUAUCUACAAGCACAUGGGUGUCAGACAUUGGCCCUUUGAUGCCAGACUGCUUUUAUCAAAAUCUGUUUGCUUCUCUGUGGCUGGUAAUUCUGUGUAACAUAGGGGUCCACGUUUAGACACCUCUGCGCUAAAUGAAGCCAUAAAUCCAAUACAUUUUUAAUGGUACAUGCCUUCAUGGAAUGUACACAGUAUGGUACAUGUCUCUCUUACUGGGCAGGUUUAAUAUUGUCAAGCAGGACAUAUUUUUAAUUAAACUUGAGUCUCUGUUCAGCAAGUCAUGCUGGACACUUGCAUUGGCCUUUUUUGUUACCUGUGUUGUCAGGUAGAAUGGGGUUCAUUACAAUGUGGUGGUUUUAAAAUCUACAGAACCAAACUCAAAUUAGAGGAUGCCCAUUAUUUGCCAUAUUGUCUGAUAUGUUUAUGACCUACAAAAAUAAACAUUUGUGGGAACAGUU